AAUAAAAUUAUCAAAAUGUCCAUCUCGUGAAGAGAACUUGAAGAUGACAUUAUCAUCGCACAUAGUGAAAUCAGGGAGAACCCUGAGAUCCUGAUCAAUGAGCUUGAGAACUUAGUUGAUGAUACAAAGACUUAUUAUACUCCCUCCACUCAUGCAGCCUCUCUCGUCGGUGCUAGUGACUUGAAAGAUAUAGCUCAAGAGAUAAUCAAUAGAAUCAAACACAUGCCUGCAUCAAACCCUCUGAUCCAUUCAAGAGAGCUAGAGCUUGCAGCAAGAGACCAUGCUACUUCAUACAAGCCAGAUUACGACCUUGCAAGCAGAGUUGAGAGCUACACCAACUGGGAUGGAGAAAUAAAUGAGAUCGUACACUACUCUAAAGCCACUGCUAAAGGGAUCGACGUGCUCAUGAACAUGGCCAUAUCUGACUAUAUCGGGGAUACCAAGAACAUCGAGACAAUGUUUGGACCUAACUACAGAUUCUUUGGUGUCAGAGUAAAUGCUCAUGACCUUUAUGAUUACUGUGUUGUCAUCAUCUAUGCUGAAGAGAUUUAUUCCACUGUCAAGACAGCCUUAUUCACCUCCUCAAAUAUUGACAAUGAGAUAAGAGAGGAAAGAGAGACAUUAGCAAGGAAUAUUGCUCAAAAGAGUGCCUACAGGUAUCAAUCUCGAUUCGCUAGGGAGAACCCUAAUGUCCAGAAGCAUGAUCAUCUUGAUAAAUCUAGGAAAUCAUUGAGAAAGGUUCGCCUCAACCAAAAUGAUGAUGGUGGGAGGACACUCACAGUUUUCAGAAGGGAUUCUUUAGAAAGAAACACUGAAUAUGUCCCACAUGAUGACACUGAUUACCUGUAUUCUGACAGAAGAAAUGAGCGCUUCUCCAGAGCUUCCUACUUUGGAAAGGAAAAGCCCAAUAAAUUAUCCCUUGGACGUGGAGAAAAGAUUUAUCGCCGGACCAUUACUGAUUAUGACAAUGAGAUCUACAGCAAAAAUAUUGGCCCAAGUCAUGAAAGAGUUACAGUCCAUGCACCUGGAGAAGCUGAUCCUUACUCCCAGAGGUACACUGUUGAAAGUCAUAGAGAUAUUGAUGAUGGCCUCUACUAUGCAGACCCAUACAAAGUCAAACGGUUAGAAGAAACUAUUGUGUCAAACUACCCUACAGUUUCCCCAGAACUCAAAUAUGGAAAGAGCAGUCGUAAAUCCAGAACAAGGGAGUCUACUUAUGAAAAGGAUAUGAACUCUGAUAAUGUGACUACUUUUAGGACUACUGCUCAUACUCCUCGCAAGAAGCAUAACAGGCGUAUCUAUGCAGACACUGUAGAUGAUUCAGAAGCUUCAGGGUACUACUCAAGCCAAAAUUCAAAAACAAUCUCAAACAUUCCUAAAGAUGACGGAAUCGAAGUGGUUUAUACCGAAGAGCCUAUUUAUGAUAGAGAGAUAACUUUUAGAACACCACAGUACCCUACUAAUUAUGCAAGGAAAUCUGUUGUCAAUGAUAUGGCUGCUGUUGUAGAAGAGCCAACUGUGAGAAGGCACACCACAUAUACUGAACACCAACCUAGAGUUGUUUCAAAUUACCAAAUGGUAGAGCGGGAAGCAACAAGAGCAUCCUCUCCCAAUAGACCUUCCCUUACUCCCAUCAUCGGGGGAGGGGUUACUAGCAUAAAGCCCUCAUACCAUGACCAAAGAGCCACGAACGACAGGUUCAACGAUGAUGUGUACAAACUUCAUGAACUUGACCUGAGUGACAGCUACUAAAAUAUUUCAAUAAUUCCAAAGGGAA